AUGAUAAGAAGGUGCAGAGCGGUGAGCAGCCUGACGCUGAAGAGGUGGCUGUUCGUCGGCUCCCCCCCCGGGUGCAAAGGGUAUAUUCGCACAGCAGGAAACUGGGUGGAAGGAAACAGCGCGGAAGCAAUCCAAAGAAAUCACCGCCAGGACGCUGAAAUGGAACCAAAGCUGAGCAAACACUUCCGGGAAGUGUUCCAUGAUGGGUCGGAAAAGAACUUCGAAUGUCACCCAUUUAACAGAAGAUUCGCGUACAGCAAGAAAAGCUUUUUCCCCAUCGAGCCCCGCAAUCUGCGAACCCUGGGCGUGAACAGACAGAGGAAGAAAAAGAGGGGCAGAGGUGAUAAGGGUCCAGGAAAAGGGAUUCGAGAAAAACACAAACAUAGGAAGUCAGGCAGACCAAACAGUCGUACAUUUGAAAGUGGACGGACCCCUUUGUAUAGGAGGUUGCCAAAAUGGCCCGAGGCAUGGCUAAGUAGGCAAAAAAAGAACUAUGACUGUCUUAACCUUUCCAAGCUGAGGUACUUUAUUGAGAAGGGAAGAUUGGAUGUGCGAUUCCCAAUCACGCAGAGACAUUUGCAUGACUCCAAGUGUGUAAAAGUGAAAAAUGGAGUGAAGCUGUUUAACGUGAAUGAUUAUCCUUUCCCUUACAAGAUCGACAUCGAAGUGGCCAAUGCAGAUCAGUCCUCCAUCGAUGUCAUUAAAAAAGUCGGAGGGACAGUAACCAUUAUCUACAUGGAACGGAUAAAUCUCAGGGCCCACAUCAAGCCCUACAAAUUUGAAGUUCUGCCCAGAACAGCUAGACCCAAUCUCGACAUGAUUCACUUUUUGGAGAAAAUGAGGAGUAGGGGGUGCCUCGUUAAGUAUAUAAAGCCCUUGUGGAUGAUUGAGGAAGAGAAGCGAAUCAUCAAUGAGCUCACCGAGGUGGAGGAGAGCUCCAAGCUGUGCCCCGAGGGGGCGAACUCCUGGGGGGACGCCGAAGACGAGGAGAAGCGACGCGAGAGGUUGCUCCGCGGCUACCGCCUGCAGAACACGCGCGUAGACGGGGGCAUUGAUGCGUAG